GCUGGAAGAUGUUCAGAACACCGACAUGUACCUCUACGUAAAUGGCCGCUUCAUCGAGCCGUCUCCGAUACACGAGUCCAUCGUGCGACUCUUCACGGCCGCAAAUCUCCAGGCACAAGAAGGCCCGAAAGACUGGUUCGAUGUCGCGGUGGGUGGGUCCCUCCUCCAGUCCCGGGCCCAAGGGUCUGGCUUGGGCGGCUCUGCCGUUGUUUCAGAGUGCUAUGGCGUGCACCGGACAAGGUGCUCCGAUGCGGCUAACAUCGUGCCGCUGCUCUCCCCGAGGAUAGCAGUUGCACGUGGGCCGGCUGCGCCGUGCCAGACGAUGUCACCUGAGGGCACGGCUCGCCCCAAAUUAAGGAACUAA